UUAAAGCGAGUGCUGAAUAGACCUCUAUAAGAACUACAAUUUCCCAGAAGCCCCAUGGGUCAUCCGUUUCCCGUUAUUCUCUGGACCGCCAGCAUUCACGCCACAUCUAUAUCAAAGUUAAUUUUUCUACAACAGAGACCUGACAAUGACAGAGCGAGUCAACAACUUCCCACCUCUUCCCAAGGCUUUGCGCAUUAAGCCAUGUUUCUACCAAAAUAUUGAUGAGGAAAUCCCCCAGCCUCACUGUCAGAUUGUUCACCAAGUUUACAAGCUUUGGAUGUUGUACUCGAUUACACUCUGCGUCAACCUGGUGUCUUGCAUAGCCUGGACGGCAGGCGGAGGCAGUGCAGUAAACAUCGGGCUUGGUCUCCUAUGGCUCAUCCUGUUCAGUCCCUGCAGUUACACCUGCUGGUUCAGGCCCCUUUACAAGGCAUUUAGGGCUGACAGUUCAUUUAACUUCAUGGCGUUCUUCUUCAUUUUCUUCCUUCAGUGUGUUCUUGCUCUCAUUCAGGCCCUGGGAAUAAACAACUGGGGUGCAUGUGGCUGGAUUGCAACGGUGAUGUUUUUCAGCAGUAAUGUGGGCUCUGCAGUGGUUAUGCUAUUCUCCGCUAUACUCUUCACUAUAGACACUGUGCUUAUGGGACUGGUUCUGAUCAGGAUUCACAGGUUAUACCGCGGUGGUGGAGGAAGCCUUCAGCGUGCCCAGGAAGAAUGGAGCACCGGGGUGUGGAAGAGUGCCCCUGUGAGAGAAGCCGGCUUUAAUGCCAUUGCAGAGACCGGCCCCAGUCUCCCCCAGUACCCUGCUUCUGUGCCAAGCUACCCAGAAAACAGGCCAUGGUGAUAAAACGCUACAGACUCCAGAUGGAGCCAGAAUGCUCCUUUUUCCUUGCACAUUAUUCAUCUCAUGCCUCUUGUGUGAACAGCAUGACUGUGAAGCGUUGAUGCAUAAAAAAAACUCCACUGGACUCAAAAGCUCCACUGCAUAUUUGUUUACGAACUGCAUCACAGAGGUGGCUUAGUAAGAAACAUCUCAAUCACAUUCCGAUUGAUGUACGUAAUAUUACUGUACAAAUGCAAUCGAUUGGAUGGAUGCUGGUCACACUUAAAGUAGUGGCAGCUUGUCCAGAGCCUUUCACUCUGAAUGUAAGAAGUGUAAUACGUUCAAUCGCAAAACUGACAUUUAUUUUGCCAAAUGAUGCCUUACAUAAGAAUACAAUCCAUUACCAUGAUUCCAUUUUUUUUCCCCCAAUGAUUUUAAAGUGUAUCUUCUUUUGAUUUGUCGGAAAUUGAUGCGUGGAUUUAUUUUUCUGGCCUUUUAAUUCACAGAAGAUGUGCAUAGGAGAUGCAUGCUUUUUUUUUAGCUUGCCAAGAACAUUUCAUCUUUUUCCACUUUUCUCUCUGCUGUGAAUUUCUGCUUCUCAAUUA